AGAUGAUCUGAAACUAAUGGAGGAGCUGGCUCAGAAAGCAUCUUUUAUAACAAGAGACUUGUCAUCCAGGGUACAACCCACCAUCCCUGGAUGAGGGAUCCACUCCUGCUGGUAGCUGCUUCUCUGCUUCACAGCUCCUGGGAGAAGAACAUUUCUCAUGGUCCAGCCUCCUUGGUUCCAGUUGGCCUCCUGUUUCCCUCCCUUUUUGCUUAGUUCAAUCUUAAACGUGGGGAUGGAUCUUGGGAAAUGUAGGCCUGCAGGGGAAUUGACAGUAAGGGCUAUUGGAAAUUUACUCCAGCCUCAGGCUUCCUUGAGGCCUACAGGCCCAAGAUAAUGACACUGGUACAUUCACAGCGGCUGGGGGAAAGCUUUCAGUGGUAACUUGGGCUGACAGUAAUUGUAAUGGCAAUUCUUUAUUAGAAAGCAUCAUCUGGAUAGUUUUAAUGACGGCAAACCACAGCAUCCGGAAAGGUUUUCAGUGACUGGUGACUCACCAAUUUUUAUUUUUUGAAAGUUCAAUAGAGGCAUUCUAAAGCAAUGACAAAUUGGUGAGUAGGGAUCCCAUUCCCCCGGUGGGGGCGGAGGAUUCCCCGCUCCCACCUUUCACCCCCUGCCAUUGCUUACCUGGCUGGGGAGAAAGGCAGGGAACGGGCCUCCAGGGUGCACUCCCAGGGCUGGUGCAACGAUGUUGCUGACAUCAUUGCGCUGCCCUGAGAGUGCGCACAUGCUUCAUUGUGGCCUGAUUUGGGCCCCAAAUGGCCGAAUUGGGCCUGUUUGGGACCCAAAUCAGCCCACUCUGAAGCACGCACUCCUCAUCCUUGCACGGUGAUGUCACUUCCUGGAUGAUCCCAGGAGCACUAGGAAGGUAAGUAAUGGGUUCCCACCCUCCCUCUGGGAGGGGAAGGGGAUCUGACAACCCUAUUGGGGAUGGGGGGGAUGUUUUCCAUAUAAAUGUGUCUGCAUAGACUGAUCAGGGAAUUGUUUGUGCAUUUGUUAGUGUAAUAAAUUCUGAUAAAUUCAUGAGUCUUUACCCAUUUAGUGAACCUGUUCAUGCUAAGAAACGGAAGAACGAGAGUGUGAUUGAGAAAUAUGAGAAGAUGCCUAGGCGCAUGCAGACUGAGCCUGAAAAGGAACUUAUUCAUCUACUUCCUAUCAAAGACAAACAUGGACUUAUUCCCCAGACCAUGGAAAAGCAAGUUGAAGAGGAGGAGGAAGAAGAAGAGAGUGAAGUAGAAGAAGCAGCAGUAGUGGCACAAGCUAUUGAAGAACCCUCACCCAUGCUCACUGCUGAAGAGCUCUUAGUUCAUAGGAGACAGACGCUGCAGGAGAAGAAGUUGCACAUAGCUGCUUUGUCCUCUGCUGUCCUGGCUGAUCCAGAAAAUCACAUAAAGAAGCUGAAGGAGCUACGUUCAAUGUUGAUGGAACAGGAUCCCAAUGUGGCUGUGAUUGUGCGGAAACUGGUGAUGAUUUCGCUGAUGGAGAUAUUCAAAGAUAUUGUGCCAUCUUACAAAAUCAGACCUUUAACUGAGACUGAAAAAAACACAAAGGUUAAAAAAGAAACACAAAAGUUAAGAGAAUUCGAGGAAGGCCUUGUGAGCCAGUACAAGUUUUACUUAGAAAAUCUGGAGCAAUCUGUGAAAGACUGGAAACAAAGGAAGCUGAAGAAAAGCAAUGUGAUUUCCUUGAAGGCGUACAAAGGCCUUGCAGAGAUCGCUGUGAAGUGCCUGUGUGAGCUCCUGGUGUCCCUGCCCCACUUCAACUUCCACAAUAACAUCAUCGUACUGAUUGUUCCACUCAUGAAUGAUGCUUCAAAACAGAUUUCUGAAAUGUGUUGUGAUGCAAUCAAGAACCUCUUCAAGCAAGAUAAGCUCGGUUUAGCCUCAAUUGGAGUUGUGAAAGUAAUUUCUGGACUUGUGAAAAGUCAGAAUUAUGAUGUUAGACCUGAGGUAUUAAUGACGCUUCUUCAUCUGAGAAUUAAGGAAGUAGAAGUUAAAAAAGAUGCAGAAGACAUUGCACCGAAAAAGAGAUUCAUGUCCUAUAAAGAAAAAAGGAGAAACUUGUCAAGGAUGCAAAGAAAGUGGAAGAAAGCAGAAGAGAAACUGGAACGAGAACUCUUAGAAGUAGAAGCCUCCGAAAGUACAGAGAAAAAACUGAAACUGCACACAGAAAUCUUGAAUAUUGUAUUUUUAACGUACUUCCGAAUACUAAAAAAAGCACAGAAGUCUCCGCUCUUGCCUGCUGUGCUGGAAGGUCUUGCAAAGUUUGCUCACUUAAUAAACUUGGAAUUUUUUGAUGACCUUUUGCUUGUUUUGAACUCUCUUAUCAUGUCUGAGGUGCUCAGCCACAGAGAGAGCCUGCACUGUGUUCUUUCUACUUUUCACAUUUUGUCUGGUCAAGGUGAUGUUCUUAAUAUCGACCCUUUGAAAUUCUACACGCACCUGUACAAGAUACUGUUUAAGCUGCAUGCAGGAACAACCAAUGAAGAUGUUGCAAUAGUACUACAGUGUUUGGAUAUGAUGCUUACCAAGCGCAGGAAGCAGGUGUCCCAGCAGAGGGCGCUUGCUUUCAUAAAGCGCCUCUCCACACUAGCGCUCCAUGUCCUUCCAAACUCCAGCAUCAGUCUCUUGGCAACCAAUAGAACAUUAAUGCAUACUUUUCCAAAGGCAGACCUUCUACUAGACAAUGAGUCUCAAGGGAGUGGACUUUAUCUGCCUGAGCUGGAAGAGCCAGAAUAUUGCAAUGCGCAAAACACAGCUCUGUGGGAAUUGCAUAUUCUGCUGAGACACUAUCAUCCAGUUGUACAGAAAUUUGCAGCCCAUCUUGUUGCAGGUGCCCCGUCCGAAGGAUCAGGAGCUCUUGGGCCUGAAUUGAGCCGGAGGUUGCCUACAGAACUUUUUGAGGCUUACAGUAUGAAAGGAAUGACUUUCAACCCUCAGAUUGCAUCAGUUUCACCACGGAAAAAGGGUGACAUUUUACAAGGAGACUGCUUUCUGAAUGAAGACUUGAAAGAAGCGUUUCAGGCUGAUCUUGAAAAGGUUGCUGUCCAAGGAACCCUGGAUUUUGCUAAACACUUAAAGGCAUCUGUUUCAUAAGCCUGUUACAAGCCUAUGCUGCCUAUUUAAAAAGAACAGAAUAUAUGAAAGAUAAAGUGUUCUGCUGCAUAAAAGACUCAGUUUUUUCGCUCAGUUUUUUUUUUUUACUAUGGAUGCCAGGACUUUGGGCAAUGAAGACACGUGGAGAUGUGGCAUUGGCUUGUGCUAUUCCCAGAACACACGAAAUGAAUAAAUUGACUGUUUCUUGGGGGUUUAGAAACCAUGAAUUGCUGAUUCCAGAUUAUUUAGGGACGUUAUAAAAAUUUUUAAAAACCUUCCAGCUGAGCUUAUGUAUAAUAUUGUACAGUAUCAUCUAAUUUUAACCGGAAUUGGUUACCCGAAAAUUGUUUUACUUGUAAAAUAUAUAGCUUCUUUUAAAGAGUCUGGAAUAAUAUUUUUGUAUCUUAUUUGUAUCCUGAGAAUGUCUAGUGCAAGUUUUAAUCAGUUGAUUAAAAAUAGGACAAGGAUGCACA